AUGCGGAGCAUCAACGUGGUCGUGGCCCUUCUCUUCGGCUACUUCGUGGCGGCCGUCUCCGAAAACAACGGCAACGACUACGUCGUCAGCGACAAGAUCGACGCAGCCGACAGCAUCACGUUCCUGUGGGUGUUCACGUACCCGCUGUCGGUGUACCCGCCCCUCAUCCUUCCCAGCAUCCUCGCCUUCAUCGUGACGACCGUCGAGACGAUCGGCGACGUCACCACCACGGCUGAGGUGUCCAGGCUCAACGUCGACUCCGAAGAGCACUUCCAGAGGAUCCGCGGGGGUCUUCUUGGCGACGGAAUCUCCAGCUUCCUCGCCGCCCUCGGCACUAGCAUGCCCAACACCACCUUCUCCCAGAACAACGGGGUUAUCGCCCUCACGCGGUGCGCUUCCCGCCGGGCCGGUCUUGCCUGCGCCUGCUGGCUGAUCGUCUUCGGUAUCCUCGCCAAGAUCGCGGCGUUCUUCACGUCCAUCCCGGACUGCGUGCUGGGCGGCAUGACGACCUUCCUCUUCGCCAACGUCGCGGUCUCGGGGAUCAAGAUCCUCUCCUCCGCGGGGGACUCCCGCCGUAGCCGCUUCAUCGUGGCCUGCUCCAUGGGUCUCGGGCUGGGCGUGACGAUCGCCCCGGCCUGGGCCACCAACAACCUCUGGCCGUGUUCCGACUGCGGGGAGGAACUCCGGUCCUUCCGCGACGGCGUGAUCCUGGUGCUGAGCACCGGGUACAGCAUGGGGUGCGCGGCCGCCAUCAUCCUCAACCUAAUCAUCCCCAACGAGGCCAUGGAGGAAGAGCUGCCCGUCACAAAGGCCAUCUUCGAGUAAGAGGAGGGCACCGAAGAGGUCGCGCCCGUGGCCAAGAAAGCCAUCUAACGCCCCCCCCCCCUUGUAAGAAAUUACGGGACCCCCCUUCUACAAACCAUUAUUUUUCCGGCUGAAGCUUCCGCGUCAGCUCAAGGUCGCGAAGGAACAGCCUUGCGAUGUGCACCGCACACCAAGGUUUUGGGGAGCCCGCCUGUUUCACGGCAGGCCAAGUAUGUUUUAUACCCGUAAGCUGUACGAGGCGAGAAGAAAACUAGCGUUGUUGCUCGAACUGCGGGCUGUUCGUCCAAGCUUGUUCACAGUGAUUUCGUCCGAAGUCGAACAAGACCUUGGCAAUGCUGCCCGGGGGAGAGUUUUCGGCUCAAGUUUCUUUUUUUCAUUUUUUGACGCGCGCGCCCGUCGCAAAACUUUGCCUCCGUCGCUCUUCCGCGUUCACGCGUGUACCACGCCCGCGGCCCACUCUUCCCUUCUUACGAGAGUUGUAUUCUAUGAUAGUAUCACAAUGGAAGGAUUGAUGCUUCGUCGUAAGGAUAACACCAAGUAAAUUGCACACAGUAGUGGUUGAAAAAGUGGAACGUAUUAUGUGAUAGGGUAGCGCAACGGCGUGUGCAGUUUGGGCCCUGGGAUACGAGGUUGUGACGUCUUCGGAGGGGGGUUUCUUGGGGAGUCGACGUCAGCUGUUGAGCGUGACUGACUCCAUUUUAUAUGUAGGUCUUAGCUUGAUGUCACCGUGCAGAUUUUUCAUCACAUGAGGCGUACCCGCAGGAGCCACGAGGUUGAUGCCUUCUCUCACAAGGCGU